UUCCUGGAGGGGCCAGAUUUGCCUAAUUCAACGUUAAAUCGGGCCCCUAUGUGGUCAGCGUCAGCGGCUAGACGGCAGCAUCCGACGACUUUUCGGCGGGGAAACAUGGAUUGUCUUCCGACUUUAAGCAAGUUGUUUUCUGUGACUGCCUGGAGGUGUGGGACUUACACCGCGAGACUUGAGAAGGAUCGUCUUGGUAUUGAAUUUGUGAGCUGAUACGAUACGGAUGGAACUCUGGUAUAGCUAUGAGCUGCUUAAGAGAUUAUAAAAGCAAUAGCCAAGUCCAUGAGUUCCGAUUUUCCUCCUAAGACAGACACUUACAAAGUCAAGACUCUCACGAUAAUCUCUCUAUCUUGACACCACCUCAAAAUGUUCUUUCUCUCAAUUCUCGCAACUCUUCUGGGCAGCGCUAUCGCCCACCCUGUGGUUAGCGAUGUCACAGCUCUGGAGGUUCGUGAGGUCGGUAUGAGCCCAGUCUCGCCCCUUACCGCCCGUGCAGAGUGCUCAACUCUCUCGACCGUCAUUGAACAGAUCGGCACCAGCAGUGAGGUCGCUGUGUAUGCUACCACCGGUGGACUCACUGCUCUGUACGUUUGCAGACGUAUCAAUGGACGUGAAUGCGACACUCUCGCCAGCGCCAUCGCUGCCGGUGUUGCAAGUAUCUUCCUGAUCCUGCAGAGAUCUGGUGCCAUCUCCGCCCGCGAUGGCAGCGCUGAGUCCCUCGUCGACUUCCUCACUAGGGAGCUUGUCGCUGACGGCUCUACCUUCGAGUCAAUCACCGACGCAACUCCUCACCUCCUCUCUCGCUACGACUCUGACGAGCGCACCCCUCAGUCCGUCGCCAGUGUUCACGGUCUCAACUUUCUCAACACCACUUUGAACCUGGACGUCUACGACUUUGGCGACGGCGAGGGUCACAUCUAUCUUCCCUUCGAUGAGGAGCAGGAGCCUAUUACCAAGCGCAUGGAGAAGCGUGCCUCUGCUCCUGGCUUUAAGAUUGCUUACACCACCCGUCUCCAAUCCAAGCUCACUCGCGCCCACCAAAUUGAGAUUUCCCAGCGUCUUGCCACCUACUGGAAUACCCGUGCUAGCUGCUGCAGUCUUCACGAUCUCAUUGGCUUCGUCAAGACUGACCACACUGCCAACUUUUACUAUCGAAUCAUCCCUGAGACCGUUAACUUUGGCCUCAACUACGAGUCUGUUGACAUUUGUGGUGGCAUGGCUGGCUACUUGUAAGAGAGAAUGGCUCACGGUCUAUUGCGAGUUUUCUUGUUGUAGGGGUUCAAUUGCCCUGAUAGACGGUGGAAUUUUCACUAGAUGUAUGAAACUUGGGACACAAUACUUGGCGGAACUUUGGCUAUUAUAUUUGAGAGUGGCAAAAGCUGUUACAAGGUACUCUUCAAUUUCGCAAUAUGAUGUACUUACACCACAACUCGAUGUGUUUUUAUCUGAGAAGAAACACAUUGAAUCAAUUUGGUCAUCGGGAUUUGGAGCAUUGUUGUUGCAGUAGACGUAAUCACAUAAUAACCAGAUUCUAUUUCUAUUACUGUGUAUAUCCACAUGUGAAUGGUUUCUAGGUAGAGCG